ACCCUGCGCCGCAGCACUCAUGGGUUCGGUUCUGGCGCUGAAGUCCAGGUUCAGGUCUCAGCUGUGUGAGAUCAUCACCUCUGAUAUCCUGCACAGUUUUCUGUACGGCCGAUGGAGGAACGUGCUGGGAGAGAAUCCGUGCGAGGAGCCGCAGAGGACCGCCUUCACCGCCGAGGCUCUGGCGCAGUCCUUCCCCGGAGAGGUGCAGAAGCUGUCGAGUCUGGUUCUGCCCAGCGAGGUCAUCAUCGCUCAGAGUUCAGUCCCUGGAGAAGGUCUGGGGAUUUUCUCCAAGACCUGGAUCAAAGCCGGGACCGAGAUGGGCCCGUUCUCCGGGAGGCUCGUGUCCCCUGAGCACGUGGACCUGCGGAAGAACAAUAACCUCAUGUGGGAGGUGUUUAACGAGGACGGCACAGUGCGCUGCUUCAUCGAUGCCAGUCAGGAGGACCAGCGCAGCUGGAUGACCUACAUUAAAUGCGCCCGGAACGAGCAGGAGCAAAACCUGGAGGUGGUUCAGAUCGGUAGCAGCAUCUUCUACAAAACCCUGGAGACUAUUCCUCCGGAUCAGGAGCUGCUGGUUUGGUAUGGGAGUUCCCACAACACUUUCCUGGGAAUUCCUGGCGUUCCGGGGACAGAGGACGAGCAGCAGAAGAAGAGGAGCGCAGACGACUCUCACGUAUGCGACGCUGCGUCUUCCUCGCUGUCCUCCUCUUCCUCCUCGUGUCGCAUGCGCUGCGUCAUCUGCCACCGCGGCUUCAACUCCCGCAGCAACCUGCGCUCGCACAUGCGCAUCCACACACUGGACAAGCCCUUCGUGUGCCGCUUCUGCAGCCGCCGCUUCAGCCAGUCCUCCACGCUGCGCAACCACGUGCGUCUGCACACCGGCGAGCGGCCUUACAAGUGCACCGUCUGCCAGAGCGCCUACUCGCAGCUGGCCGGCCUGCGCGCGCAUCAGAAGAGUGCGCGACACAGACCCGCAGGAUCGAACCCGGAGCCUCGGCCCGCUCCCCACCCUGCACUGCUGCGCCACGUCCCCACCAUGGUGCUCUGAGAGCGCAGACGCAGACGGAUCGAGUCCAGGAACACGCACUUUAAUCAGCACAAACCUGCGGCAAUAAGAGCCACGGCUGGAACUGUGAGAGAAACCACAGACUGGAGGAGGAGGAUGAUGAUGAUGAUGGAGAUGUUUUGUGAGAGUGAACGAAUGAUCACUGGAUGCACACCACAAAUCAAACAUGGCACAAAACACACACAAACAGGUUUUAUUAAGACCAAGUAAAGAAAA